AUGGAACUUAUCUCUCUUAGUAUAACACAGCCAGAGCUGCAAUUUGGAGUUUGUGUUUUGAAUAUGUUCAAGGAUUUUCUCAGUGAUGAGAAAUUCCAGAUAGGCAUAGUUCACUACCUAAAGAAGUUCACCUAUUGAAAUGCUAAGAGUGAUGAUUUGUGGGACAGUCUGUCAAGUAGUUUUUUAGAAGGCGAUUUUACAUCUGGUGGAAUUUGUUAUUCUGAUUUCAAAAUGACAAGUAGCACACUCGCCUUUCUGGAGAAAGAGGCAGAGGUCAAAGAGAUAAUGACUGCAUGGACAUGCCAAAAUGGAAUUGCUUUGGCAGCAGUUAAACAAGAUGGGCAUUUACUCAGCCAAGAGGAGUGCUUCCUGAAGCGGGUGUUCAAAGAGGACCCUGAAUAGAGGUCUCCGCAGGAGAAGUUUCUGUGGCAUACCCCAUUAACUUAUUCCAUUCUCAGACGCAACCUACACAGACUAUUUUUGAGAAAAAAAUUCAACACUCUGAAUUUACCUCAAAAGACCAACUGGGUGAAAUUCAGUGUGGACUCAAAUGACUAAUACCUUGUUCACUAUGAGGGUCAUGGAUGGGACCAAAUGAUUACACAGUUUAACCGUAACCACACACUUCUCAGGCCGAAGGACAGAGUAGGUCUGAGUCAUGAUGCCUUUCCGCUGAAUCACAUUCUCUGGAGGUUUGAGCCAGUGACUGACACACAAGGCUGGAGUGAUGAGGCCUCAGUCUGGGACAGGACGUUUCACACGGCUGUCUUGAAGCUGCUGUGUGACCUGAGCCAUGCUCUUCGCACUCAGAAGGCUGCUGAACUCUCUCAGUGGAUGGAAUCCAGCAGAAAAUUAAAUAAACUGGCAGAUGUUUUAAAGAUAGUAUAUUCUGUGGGUACUCAGAUAAUAGCAGGAUGGAGUUACCUCUUAGAGCAAUAUGAACUGUCAGUAUCAAGUGCUAAAAAACAAGAUCUGUAUGCAUUGUCAGUGAGCAAAGAUCAGGAGAAGUUGAAUGGUUCUCAUUUCUUUGGGUUAACUGAACUAAAAAUGAAAGGAAAGGUUACCAAGACCCAGGACUUGACAGCUCUCCUUCAUGCAAUUGCUGCAAACCCAAAGGGUCAGCAGUUAGCCUACAAUUUUGUAAGCAAAAAUUGGGCCAAUCUACUAAAAAAAAUUGCUUCUUCUCUCUCAUUUCUUAAGGACAGAAGAGUAAGAGUCCUCACAGACGGCUUUGUGAAAGCCAAAAAGCACAUUCUCACACCUCUCCCAGUUCCUACCAGCACUGACAUCCGCAAGACCAAAUAG